AAUUUAGAUUUUACUAAAAAUUCAUCAUUAUACAAUAAUUACUAUCAUUAUACAAUAAUUAGAUUCUAAAUCUAUACAUUUUUUAUUAAUGUGAUAUUUUACUUUAUUAUUUAAACACCAUUAAUAUGUGCAUGUUUCAAUAUUUAGAAUGGCGCCAAUGUCUAAUAUUUAAUAGGUUAUCAUACACGUGACAGCUAAAUUCUUAAUGUUAAAUGGUGAAAUUAUUAAUUUCUUACACUAAGUAAUUUUAAAAUAAUUGUUUGAUUAUUCGAUUAAGUAAACUAAAUGAUAUAUUGAAGUCAUGGAAGAAAAAACUCAAAUGGAAGAAGAUAAUGAUGAUGAAAAUAAUGUUGCUGUUAAAAAUACAAUUCCACUAAUAAAAGAUUUAUUUCAUGUACAUGGAAAAGUUGGAGAAGGAACUUUCAGUUCUGUGUACUUAGCUACUUUAAAACUAUCUGAUGGCUCUAAAAAAUUUGCAUUGAAACAUUUAGUUCCUACUAGACAUCCUGAAAAAAUUGAACGAGAAUUACAAUGUAUGCAACAGAUAGGAGGAAAAGAUUAUGUAGUUGGAUUAGAAUUAUGUUUACGAAAUUUUGAAACAGUAAUAUUUGUAAUGCCAUAUAUGAGGCAUGAUAAAUUUUCGGAAUAUGUACAAGAUAUGACUGUACAGGAAACAAAAGAUUAUAUGAUUGCAUUAUUAACUGCAUUAAGAAGGGUUCAUAAAUUUAAUAUUAUACAUAGAGAUGUCAAACCCAGUAAUUUUUUAUAUGAUAGAUGCAACAAAAGAUACUUGUUAGUUGAUUUUGGAUUAGCACAAGAAUAUAUAGCAGAGAAAAAAUCUAACAAUCUUAAAUUACUUAAUUCUGAAACACAAGUUGUUAAAAGGAAAAGAACGGAUGAAGUAAUGUAUCAAUUAUUUACAAUUGUAGAAGAAUUUUCUUUAAAAAACGUAUGUUGUUACUCUCUAAUAUUUUUACAGAACAGUUUAAAUCUUUCUCUCGAUAGAAGAAGGAAAGGUACAGAAGAGAAGUGUUACUGCUUUGGUAAAGCAAAAGUUUGUUCAUUAUGUAUAUCAAGACCAGAACAGACAGCCCCAAGAGCUGGUACACCAGGUUUCCGUGCUCCGGAAGUUUUACUAAAGCAUCCUUCACAAACACCAGCAAUUGAUAUUUGGGCAAGUGGAGUAAUGAUGCUCUGUAUUCUUAGUGGUACUCAACCAUUUUUUCUUUCACCAGAUGAUUGUACAGCUUUAGCAGAAAUAACAACUAUAUUUGGAUCAAAUAAAAUGCAACAGUGUGCACGCAAAUUAGGUUUGAAAAAAAUCAUUUUUUUAAAUACAAUUUAUAUUGUAGUCUUUUACUUUCUUUGGUUUGUUCUAAUUUAUCAUUUUGCUUACUUUAUAUAUUUUAAACCUUUCUUUGACAAUUCAGGAAAAAAAGUUAUCUUUAGUGAAGAUAUACCAGGGGUUGAUAUUGUAUCUUUAUGUCAGAAAUUACAAAAAAGAAAUAAAGGUUUAUUAAAUAAUAAAGAUCAUAACACAUGUGAAAAGGUAUCAUUGGACACUCAGUUUCCAAAAGAAGCUUAUCAUCUUUUACUAAGGUUAUUGGAUUUAGAUUAUAAAACACGUCUUACUGCAGAUCAAGCUUUAAAUCAUCCAUUUUUUAAAUUAUAGUGUAUAUUUUCAUCUUAAAAAUUUUUGAAUCUAUUUUUGGCAGAUGUAAAACAGUAUAUUAUAAGUCAGUCAAUAUCAUAAGAAUAGCUAAAUAAUACUACAUUUAAUGUUAUACUGAAAAUAUUGCACACUAUGAAACUUGUACAUAUACAUAAAUGUAUACAAAUAUAUAGUAUAUUAUUAUUUAUAUUAAAUUAAAUAAUUUAGAUUUUUAGGCAUUAAAUAAAUAGUUUUAUAUUUUUUAUAUAAUUAUAUUAUAUGUAUAAUAUUAGAAUAUUAAUAAAUGCAAUAUUUUUACAAUUUAA